CGACGGGCUGAAGUGCGUCACCGAGAGAUUAUUUCGUUCGUUGAAACUUUCAAACGGUCGGAGUUGGAAUUUCAACAAGGUGUAGAAAAGUUUCGAUUUGUUCGUCGUCUGUUUGCUUUGGAUCCGUGUUCGUAUCCGCAUACCAACUGACUCGUGAGUCGGGUUUUUGGUGAUUCUCAGGACGAACGGUUCGGAAGUGGAAGUGAAAGAUACAAUAGUGGAGCUGUCGGAUAGGCAGACAGGGGAAGCAGGAGCGGUUACCCAACGUGUGAGGUGCACACAUUUGCCGGAUGCUGACGACAGUGCUGCAGCGAAGGAAUUUUUAUUCGGCGAAGAUGCAAUGUUUUGAAAAUUGAACUUGUUCUAUAGUGAAAAGAAUUUGGUGCAGGAAUUUCACGAGCGACUGUUCCGUCUGUGCGAAUAAAUGGGAUAACUUUCAUCGCUCGGAGGAUACUUGUGCUCAAGAAGAGAAUGUUCUGCGCUCAUCGUGUGUAGUGCUUCCAGGCAGCAAUAAUAUUUUUCCCGGUUAAGAAAGUGCAAUUGAAAUUUAAACCCAUCAGCUGGGCUCAGUGCGUUUGUGUGUGUGUGUGUGUGGAAUAAGGAUUAUUCUGAUAAAAUAUCACAUUCUAUCUCUGUGCUAACUAUUCGUACAUCUGUGCAAUAUAAUAAUCGGUAGUUUAAAGUUGUAUAAUUCCUACUCAGCAUCAUUAGGCAUAACCAUAACCGUAAUAAUUAUCCCUACCAAUACCCAACACGUUAUUGUGACACACGUGUAUCGUGAUAUAAUUGUGAAGCUACAAAAUAAUCAAAUGAAGCUACAAAAUAAUCAAAAUAAGAGUGAAAUUGUAAUUGUUUUCUGAGAAUAGAGUACAUAACAAAAAUUCGUCAGUGUGUAAGCAAUAAAAACGGUGAAAUUUGUGUGUCGCCCAAUUAAAGCUGCGCGAUGGAGGAAAGCUAAAUGUGCUCCGGCGAAGUUCGUGGUGCAUCAAUAGACCCAGCGACAGCGCUAACGACAGAUACGUAAUCGGUGCCGUUCACACGAUUCCGUGGCAGGACACGCUCAUUAAUCAUCUUGGAACAUUUUCGCAAGCGGUGAUCCGACAAAAGCCGCCGACAGCAUGUCAGAUCAGCACCAGCAGCCACCGAUAACGGUCCCUCCCAAGCGUUGUCAUGAGCACCCGGUCCAGGUUGCGGCGGCCCUGCUCGGCAACCUCCACGGAUCGGAGUCCUGCAAAAACUCCCCGAACGUUCCCCGCCGGCUGGAGCCACAUCAUCACAACAUUCUCGAAAGUGGCAGUCAAAGUGCGCAAAACUCGCCGCUUCCACACAGGCGGCUGGACAAAUUACAGGGUGUAAUUCGAGACAAAAGCUCACCUUUAUGUGGACGCCGUGGGCCACCGGAAGAGGUGGACUUCACCGACUCGCCCAUCGUACUGCGAAAGUUCACUCAUGUGCAAGACUGUGCUUGUGCCCAAAAGUUUCGUCCCGCAGAGAGUUCCACGGUUCCUGGUUUCGUGCAUCGAAUCGAGAGUGAGUUUUCCAGAAACCCCUCUUCCUCGCCCAUGUUGGGCAUGCGGAAGCGGGUCGAAUCAGACUGCAGCUGCAUGCGAAAGAAUAUCAUCCGAAAUCAGUUCAGUGCCAGUGUAAUGAAGAGUGAGUGCGGGGCGUCGGCGGCGGACAGUGGGGCAAGUUCCUGUGAAAAUACACCGCUGCUGCGGCGAAAGGAACCAUUCCUGCCGGGUUCGCCGGCCAAAGGCAUCCUCGGAGAGCCUGGCGUUUUCAGUUCACCGAUGCACAGUAAAUCACCGCUGGAUCACGCAAGUUUUGCUGGGUUUGCAAGUCCGGCCAAAAGUGUACUGGGGGAACCGGGUGUGUUUAGCUCGCCGGCGCGAAGUGUUUGCAGUCCCACUGCGGAAGAUGGCGAUGAUUGUGCCGAUGUACUUGCGAACGAUCAGACCAUUGUUUCCGGAUGGCUCAAGUUCCGGGACAACAAGAAGUGGAAAAUACGAUGGGGAGUAGUAACAAAGUUAUCGCCAGCAGCAGCAAGUCUAGAAGCAAAGCCGGUCAUACUCAUGGUGCUGGCGUGA